AUGGACAACCUCAAUGUGUACUUCGACAUCUGCGUCAAAAACGAGUCCCUGGGCCAGGUUACUUUCGAGCUCUUUGCAGACAAGGUUCCAAAGACAGCAGAAAACUUCCGGGCUCUGAGCACUGGAGAGAAGGGAUUUGGUUACAAGGAAUCCUGCUUUCACAGAAUCAUUCCUGGGUUUAUGUGCCAGGGUGGUGACUACACUAGUCAUAAUGGCACUGGUGACAAUCCCAUCUAUGGGGAGAAAUUUGCUGAUGAGAACUUCAUCCUGAAGCAUACUGGCCUUGGCAUUUUGUCCAUGGCAAAUACUGGACCUAACACAAAUGGCUCCCAGUUUUUCAUCUGUACUGCUAAGACUGAUUGGUUGGAUGGUAGGCAUGUGGUCUUUGGUCAAGUGAAAAAAGGCAUGAACAUUGUGGAAGCUAUGGAGCAUUACGGUUCUCGGGAUGGCAAGACCAGAAAGAAGAUCACCAUUGCUGACUGUGGACAAAUCUAAUAAGUUUUUUUUUUGUUUUGUUUUUUGUCUUAACCACCAAACCAUACCUCUGUAGCUGGAGAGAGCACCCUUGAAUUCCACCUGCUCUUAUA